UCCUGGCUGCAUCUGGCAACAUUAGCACAGCUGAUCGAGUGCGCUUGGAGACCGUGAGAAUGGCGUUGUGCAGACUAAUUUAUCAGAGUGGCGUGCAAGGGGUUCGCUCCUACAGCACAGGAGGUCUGAAUGAUGUCGUCAUUGUCAGCGCAGUUCGUACACCUAUGGGUUCUUUCAGAUCAGCACUAUCAUCGCUUGGGGCACCAGCGCUUGGAACAGUUGCCAUUAAGGCUGCCGUAGAGCGAGCAGGAGUGGAUCCUAAAGCUGUGCAGGAGGUGUACAUGGGCAAUGUAUGCCAAGCUGGGGCAAAGCAGGCACCCACUCGACAAGCUGCACUCUUUGCAGGUCUCGACAAGAGCACUCCCUGUACAACUAUCAACAAGGUGUGUGCCUCAGGAAUGAAGUCCAUAAUGAUGGCAUCACAGUCUCUUAUGUGUGGGUCACAGGAAGUCAUGGUGGCUGGUGGUAUGGAGAGCAUGUCAAAUGUCCCAUAUUACAUGAUGAGAGGCGAUUCACCCUAUGGAGGAGUCAAACUUCAUGAUGGCAUUGUGUAUGAUGGCCUCACAGAUGUCUAUAACAAAUUCCACAUGGGCAACUGUGGGGAGAACACGGCAAAGAAGCUGAAUAUUACACGCGAUGAACAGGAUGAGUAUGGUAUGCUGAGCUACAAACGAUCUGCUGAAGCGUGGGCAAGUGGAGCCAUCAGAGACGAGAUGGUAGAGGUCACCAUCCCAGGCAAACGAGGGAAACCUGAUAUUGUUUUCAAGGAAGAUGAAGAGUAUAAGAAGGUCAACUUCGAUAAGUUUAAGAAACUUGCUACUGUUUUCCAGCGUGAAGGAGGCACAGUCACUGCCGGAAAUGCAUCUACUCUAAAUGAUGGAGCAGCUGCAUGUCUGCUAAUGACUGCCAAAGCUGCAGCUCAACAUGGCGUGAAGCCUCUUGCCCGAGUUGUAGGAUUCUGUGAUGCUGCCACUGAUCCUAUCGACUUCCCUAUUGCCCCAGCCCUUGCAACACCAAAGCUACUGGAAAUGACUGGUGUGAAAUCAGAUGAUGUUGCAAUGUGGGAAGUCAAUGAAGCUUUCUCUGUGGUAGUUUUGGCCAACAUCAAAUUGUGUGACCUUGACCCAUCUAAAGUCAAUAUCCAUGGAGGGGCAGUCUCACUAGGUCAUCCCAUUGGCAUGUCUGGAGCUCGUAUCGUUGUCCACCUGGCACAUGCUUUGAAGCCAGGCCAGAAAGGUGUUGCUUCAAUUUGUAAUGGUGGAGGAGGGGCAUCUGCUAUCAUGAUUGAGAAGCUGUAAGUGUGUCAUGGACCUUCCCGGAAUACUCUUUAACUACGUAUGGGGCAUCUUUUUUAACCUUGACUUAAAGGAUUAGGCAGCUGAUGGUUGACAAUUAGUUGCAUAAUUUGUGGCAGAAAGAUCUGGACUAGUUAUAAAACUGUAGUUGUUACUGAAUCAAAAAGUUAGAGAUGUAUAGAUUUGUAAUGUGAAAUAUUAAUAUAGGGACGAUAAUUGUGUGUAAUAAUCAGGGAAAGUGAAUUUUGAAUUUAAGGAUAGAUGUAAUAAAAUUAUUUUCUAUAA